UCUCUGCAGUAGCGUCCCGGCUCCCGCUUGUGUUUGUUAGCCCACGUCUCAACUAGCACUGCAAUAUGUAAUCAUAAGUAUAAAUUAUUAAUAACGAUCUUAAUAUAUCGUUCUUACGACGUACGCUUAGUAUAUCUAUCAAUGGACCAUCAUCACCAUCAUUAUCAACUGAAUCACCAUGGAGCGGGGCAUCAUUACCACGCACCACCGUACACAAGAGAUUAUUUCCUCUACGAAUAUUCGUCCGGUUCCGAGUCCGAUGGAACAAGUUCACUGAAUAGUGAUUGCGAUUCCGGCAACUGUGUUGAUUCGGGUCGGAAGAAGAGUUCACGGUGUCACAGGCAAAAGACGCAGCAGCGGCAAGCAGCGAACCUGCGCGAACGACGACGUAUGCAAAGCAUCAAUGAAGCGUUCGAAGGGCUUCGUGCACACAUACCCACUCUGCCGUAUGAGAAGCGCUUGUCCAAAGUGGACACACUGAAGUUAGCUAUAGGUUAUAUAAAUUUCCUGUCCGAGUUGACUCGUGGUACGGGACCUACAGGAAAUGGCGUAACGUCAUUGAAUGUAGCCAAACUUACAACGAUCGCCGGUCGUCUGCAUAGACCACCGGCACAGGUCAAAGAACAACCCGUCAAGAAGUUUAUUGUCAGAGGUGCGUUUGGAACUCCAUAUUCAUUACAUUCGUUGUCUUGGUCAAGGGCAAAAGAAAAUUGUCCAAAUAGUGCAGGAGUAAUGCGAGCAAAGUUAUGGAGGCCUGAAGUAGGGUCACCUCGUAAUUCUGGAUCUACUUCAACCUCAACGAGUUCGACAUCAUCAAGUAAAACCUAAUCAUUCAACAUAAUAAAUAAGACAACUAUUAUUAUAAGUGAUAUAUUUAUGUAUUGUCUCUAUUCAGUUGUUCUUAUUUAAAUUUAAAAUGUUUAUUAUAUAAAUUAACUAAAUUAUU